CCAUUUCCAAGGUGUUCUUUGGAAAGGCAUUCGACGACCUACAACGAAACACCACAGCGCCACAUAUACUUCAGCAGUACCGAAGAAUCAUAAAUAUGGGCUUGGAAGGACCCUCUUACAUUUUGGCGGCUCUGACCGUGACCGGCGGGAUCGCCGGAUACGCUAGGACGGGGUCGCUUCCCUCGGUCAUCGCGGGCUGCACAGUCGGGCUACUUUACGCCGUUGGCGGGUAUCGCAUCCAGAACAAGCAGCCGUACGGCAUUGAGACAUGCCUCGCCGCAUCGAUCAUCCUCGGCGGCGCCUCGAUCCCACGGGCUAUUCGCCUGCGCAAGCCAGUCCCGGUCCUACUCAGCAUCAUCGCCACAUACGGACUCAUCACGUUUGGCUCCGCGCUUCGUCGGACCCUGUAAAGGCGAGGAGGGAGGAGGAAGCAAGGCUCUUGCUGUGUACCAUUUAAAAAUGCAAAGUGCAGGCAGAAUUGACCAUGUGCGGUUCCAUGUGUGUGUGUGUGUGUGUGUGCGUAUUGAAAUUCCAAACUCUUGAAACGCCGUACAAGGAACGCCGCCUCCCAAUGCAGAG